UCCUUUGGCAGGAGCGUCAGUACUUGCGCAAUAAUUCAAUCAUGGUUCUGGCGCUGUCUAACGUGCGCCACCCUGGGCCUUUCAUUGAACUACCAGCAAGGAUGGCUAACUUUUUACGUUGACUUGCCGGUCCUCCGCGGCUCAUUUUAGACUUAAUCACUCAAUCCUUAAUCCACCCACACACACACACAGAUCCCAGUAAAUCAACGGUUUUAUGAAGUAAGAGGUAGUUAAAGACUGCAACUUUUCGGUUCUUCCCUCUCUGUUGGAGCUGGAAGUGGAUCGACUUCAAUUCCUCUUUGUUCUUCACAACUCAGAAAGACCCAUCAAAUAUUUCUCUCUGUUAGUAGGAACUAUUAUGGAAGACCUAAUGAAAAGCUUAUUUCUGGUUCUUUCUUGUCGACAAAAGCUUAAGGAAUUGAACAGCAGGAUGGAUGACUACUCUAUUGACAAUCCAGAAUCUGACAGAAGACAUGAAGGAUUUUCAUCCCAAGGAGGGGGCAUACGGGAUAUAGAAAGUUUCAUGGAAGUUCGAACCAAAGCAGAUGCGGACUUGGCGUAUUCGUCUGAGAAAUUGGUAAACUUGCAUGGCCUUUUAAUUCAUCUAUUGGCAUGGGAUGAUGAUCUAGAGGUAGUGGCCAUGGAAAAUAGUUACAUCUCAACAACAUCUUUUGAGAAGGCACUGGUGUUUGAUCUUCUAUCUGGUAUUUUUGAUUCUGAGGUAAGAGAGGUGGAGAAUUUCAUGGAUAAUAUCCAAGCAGAUAUUGUUGAUGCUCGUCAUAAAAUAUUUUCAAACAAACACUCAACAGAACUAGUCACAAUCAUGGGAGAGAAAUUGCAUGAUACUGAGGAAUCAUUGUACAAAACUCAAGAGCGGCUUGCAGAGGUGAAGAAGCAGUCAAUCAAGUUGCAGAGCGCCUCUCCAACUUUCAGACUUGAGAACUGGAAAGAAGACAAGUCCUUGGAGUUUUCAGCCAACAAUCAACUGCAACAUAUUAAUGCAGAUGCAAAAUGGAGGACAGCUGAACAAAAAAGAAAUAUUCUAGGAAUGUUGGACAAGUCUCUUGCACGAGAAAUUUAUCUCGAGAAGAAAUUAUCUGAACUAAGACAGAGCGAAGAACAGCUGAAAUUAAAGCUGCAUUACACGGAACAAGUAACUUUUCGCAUGGAGGAAGCUGCAGAAGUCGUUUGGGGAAGGUUUUUAGAAGCAGAAAAUGCUGCAGAGGUGCUCAUGGGGAUCUCAAAGGAAUUGGUUGGUCGAAUUCAGAUUGUUCAAUUUAAUCUGAAUGGUUCACUCCAACGAGAAGCUGAAUUAAAAUCUGAACUUGAAGAUUGCAGAAGACAGUUAGAUGCCAAAAACACUGCUUUGAGGAAGCUUGAGAUUAGCACUGCAGAACCUGUAACCAAAAGCUUGGAAGUGCCCACUUUGAUGGAAAAAGUAAAUUCACUUGAGGAACAGCUGAAAAGAUCUGAAUUAUGUCUAAAGCAUGCAAAUGAAUUCAAUGAAGAUAUUCAAGAACAACUUAGUGAGUUAGAAAAUAUAGUUGAGACUCUGAAAGAUAACAUCUAUGAAGCAGAAAGUAGGGCUGAGAUUGCAGAGGCCAAAGUUACACAGUUAACAGAUACAAAUUUGGAACUGACAGAGGAAAUUAAUUUUCUUAAAAGUAGCGCAGAUAGUAAUAACAAAAAGGUGAGCUUACUCGAGAAGCAGGUAAGGGAAUUGGAAAUCCAACAGCAGCAUUCAAAGGUAUCUUCUGAAGUAAGUCAAGAGCAACAAAACAUGUUGUAUUCUGCAAUAUGGGAUAUGGAAACGUUGAUUGAAGAUUUAAAAUCAAAGGUAUCCAAAGCUGAAAAUAAGACCGAGAGUACGGAAGAGCAAUGUAUAAUAUUAUCUGAAACAAAUAUGGAACUUGGUAAAGAAUUAAGUUUCUUAAGAUCUAGAGUGAAAAGCUUAGAGGUUGCUUUGGAUCAAGCAAACAACUCAAAAGCAGCAGGUGCAAAGGAAAUUGAUCUGAAGACAAGGCUUAUCAUGGAUACGGUAAGGCAACUAGCCAAAGAAAGGGAGCACAUCCAAAAUCAGCUAUUUUCUUUGACGAGGGAAAACAAACUAUUGGUGGAGAAGUUAAGAAAUGCCAAAAGUGAAGCUCAUACAAUUAUACACAAAUAUGGAGAUGUGGAUGUUAAAAAGGUGCCCUUUUCAGAAAGCAACUUAUCUAAUGAAACUUUUGGAAAAGCUUCUGAGGAAGCAAUGUCCUUAUCUAAAAGUUCCCAGGCAGGUGGAUAAAGCGAUUGAAGAUGCAAACCCACAUGAGAUUGAAGAGGGGAGUUCUCAUCAUCCCACAGAUGAAAGUUGUGACUUGGUUUCGAAGCUUGAAGUGGAUAAGACAGAGCAGGCAGGCAAGACUAACAGAGUACUUAAUUUUAAAGCAAUUCUUGUUGCAGUAAUUGCAGUGGUUGCCAUAUAUUUGUUGCAUAAGGAACCUCUCCAAUUUGAGAACUUCUGAUUGCUAACUAAUUUUUAUGUUGUAAUUGGGGUGUUUUGCAAUUGUGUUUCAUUGUUGCACUUGCACAUAGUUGUUCUUUUCAAUGCCAUUCAUGGCACCAACAUAUGAAUCACUUGUAAUGAGACACUUUAUCAUUAUAAAUUCUUUGAUUGUA